AGCAAACCAGACUAAAACUAGAUACAGUUGCUUGCACGAUCUCUGAAAGCUAAGGAAGGAAGCAUCUCCCAAUACCCCCCCAAAAAAAGGAGUGGCCUUUACUCUCUCGUAUUCAUCUCCGGUUCUCUUUCUUUGUCUUUCUGGCUAAGCAGAGCCUUCUGCACAGAAUCGAAAAGGAUUUCGAAGUGCAAUACUUCUUUUCUGAUGGCUGAUUCAAGUAUCAUUGUCCCAAUGGCUCAAGAAUUAACAAAGCUAGAUGAGCGUAACUCGAGACGAAAUUCUACAGGAAAGAUAUUGUCAUCAAACAGUGGAGAAAAAGUUCCUCAUUAUCUCAGGGCUUCCACUGGUUCUUGUCAUGAUUUUUGUAAGUAUGGCAGGAAAGAUGCUUUCGAAGAGAAGGAAAGAUGUCAUAUACGGGUUGUACCAAGAAGACUCUCAACUAAGUCACUUGAUAUCCAUAACUCAGCAGAAAAGAUAGUUUUACCAGAGAGGAAGAUUAUAUCAGUGAUCAAACUUGAUCAUUUGUCUGAGUCCAAAACCCUGGCACCUGAUACACAUACCAUCGCCAAGCAGGCCAAGAAACAAGUGCCAAAGAGGUCAGCUGACAGAAAAACUGGUGUGGGGACUGAGGUUCUUGCUGAAAGGAAGAAGCUAUCAUUGGUAAAGUUCAAAACGUCAUCCGUUUCAAAACCUCUGUCUGCUGCGCCCAAAACUAUGAAGCAGGAAGUUUCAUCAUCUCAUGAAAAGCUGAAAGCCUCUUCAAGGAUAGAUUGGGCAAAAGUUAAGGAGAAAGACUUGUCUAAAAAACAUGUAACUUCUUCGAAGGCAAAAUCUUUAGCCACUAAGGAGUUAUCAUCUCCUGAUACUUCAGGAGGUUCAAAGGGGAUAAGAAACAGUAACUCAAAGGUAGGCCAGAGGGCAGUCACUGCAAAGCAAAUUUCUUCUAUCGACUCUUCAGGGGGAUUAAGUGGCCACAGGAAAAUUGAGGUGAAGGUUGGCAAGAGGGCAGGAACAUCCUUAGCCGCUUUAAAGAAAGUAUUGCUGCCCCCAACAGGAUCAUUGUCCCCAAGGCCUUCUCCCAGGAGAGUUGCAAGCUUAAAAGCACAGAACAGGAAUGUGAAUGUUACUUCUCCUCUUCAGAAUCAAAACAAGAUUGGAAAAGUCAUAGCAAAGCAACUUCAUAAUGAAGAGACUCCAGAGAAGACCUUGUAUGUCAUUAAGAUUGAGACUGAGAAUAAACCUCUGGAUUCUGAUCAAAACAGCAACUGCGAAGAUCUGUCACCACCUUCAUCCUCCUCAUCAUCGCCCAAAUCUUUGCCCCUCCCCAUGUCCCUUUCACCCCAUGAAGGAGAAGAUCAAGAGUCUGAAUAUACGAUUACUGGAACAGAAGAGGACUCUUUCUCAGAAGACGAUGAAGUUGACAAUGAAGAAAAUGCAGAGACCCUAGAUGAGGAUUACAAAGGGAAGACCAGAAAGUCCAGGAUGGUUUGUUCUGAAGAUGUGGAUAGCCAUCCUUUGAAGUUUAGGAGGGGAAAGGUGGUUGACAUGCAAUUUGAGAAUAAUAGGCCAAGAAGGCUCAAAUUCAGGAGAGGAAAAGUGUUGGGAGACGAUGAAUAUAUCAAGGCUGAUGCUCAAAGGCAAAGAUAUAAGAAGAGAGAAGGUGUUGAUGGUAAUGCAAUUGGUACUGAACCUGGUUCAGAAAAAGUUGUUUUGAGACAUCAAGAUGUUCAGGGGAAGAAAGAUGAGAAGGGAUUGUUUAAUAACGUGAUUGAAGAAACUGCAAGUAAGCUGGUUGAAACCCGGAAGAGUAAGGUCAAGGCCUUAGUUGGUGCUUUUGAAACAGUGAUCUCACUUCAAGAGCGCAAACCUUCUGCAAAUUCUGUUUCUUGAGUUGGGAGCAUAUCAGAGGUAAUAAAACCAAGUUUGUAACGUGGGAAGUUGAGUUUACAAGCUUAUGGCACUGGAGUGACUGAACAUAUGUGUAGUUAGAUUGCUUCAGCUGUCGUAUAUUUAAAUGGGAGUCUUGCGGGCACCAAUCCUAACAGUAUCCCGAUUUGCAUACCAGAUAUGAUUGAUUUUUAGUUUCUUAUCUUUUGAAUUAAACAAUUAUACUCAUUAGUUCAUAUGGAA